CAGUUAAAAUUUUCAGGUGUAAAAUAUGAAGGUCUCAAUUUGCAGCUGUAAAUAUUUUACUGUUGAAAGUUACAGCUGUAAAAUGGUCAUGUCUCAAAAUUACAGCUGUAACAUUUUUGGAGGGAAACAUGAGUAUUGUCAGCCAUCUUUAAUGCAUUUUAGCUGGAUAUAACUGAAAUUCACACAGACAUCACAUCUUGUAAAAUUUGGAAUUUAAAGCGGUAUAGAGUUAAGCAUGUCGCAGCCGCCAAGAAUAUGCAUCAUUGGUGCCGGACCAUCCGGAUUGUCGACACUGUAUCACUUUGCUAAAAUGGAGCAGAUGCCGGAUAUUGUUUGUUACGAGAAACAAAGCACGUGGUUAGGUCUCUGGAACGUUUCGUGGAAAACAGGAUGAGACGAAAACGGAGAACCUGUUCAUACAAUUAUGUACAAGCAUAUGUGGUGCAAUGGACCAUAUCAAGCACAUGAGUAUUACGACUACACCGUAGAACAACACUUUGGUGGCCAGAUAACUCCAUCAUUUCCUUCUCGUAUUGUAAUGAGAGAUUAUCUCGAAGGUCGAUUUACGAAAGGAGCACCUCGUGGACGCAAUCUGAAAGACUUUAUACAUUUCAACACCGCCGUUCGGUAUGUGAAAUACCUGGACGAGAAAGAUGAAUUCACGGUUACAGUUAAUGAUUAUAACACCGGACAGACACGGGAGGAAACGUUUUCACACGUUAUUGUAGCAACUGCCAUAUUCAGCUUUCCAAAUUUCCCAGAAUUCCCUGGCAUGAAAGAAUUCAAAGGCCGAAUACUGCAUUCGCACGACUUUCGCGACGCUAGGGAUUUUACUGGACAAAGGGUAUUGGUCGUUGGUGCGGGUUUUACUGGUGAAGAUCUUGUAUUGCAACUUCUCAAAUUUGGCGCCAAACACACAAUUCUCGCCUACAGAACAAGACCAAAAGGAGAUACAUGCAUAAUGCCAGACGGUGUUGAAGAGAGACCAAUGGUGGAACGUUUUGACUAUGAUAAGGUCCACUUCAAAGAUGGGUCAUCUGCAGAAAUCGACGCCGUUAUUUUGACUACAGGCUACAGGAACUAUUUCCCCUUCCUAGAAGACAGAUUUAGGAUUCCAGAGGAAACGCAUCCUUACCCAGAAGGAUUGUACAAGGCGUGUUUGUUUUACAAGGCAGGAAACAACCGACUGUUUUAUAUAGGGGUUCUAGAACAAUUUAAUUCCUUUUCGUAUUUUGAAGUCAUGGCAAACUGGACUUGCAAAUACAUUAUGGGGCAACUACCAGAUGAACCAAAAGAACAAAAAGAAAUGGAAGCCGAUUGUCAUCGGUGGAUUGAUCGCGUAAACGCAUGCGCAUCGGAGUCGGAUCUGCUUCAUUUCCAAACAGUUUUGAUAGCACAUCUAGCAGAGUUAGCAGGUUAUAAUAGCGAUAUUGCACGUAGAGAAGAACUCCUUCUUCAGCUGAUAAAAGAUAGGAAAGAAAGUUUAGGCCUUGCAAAUUACAGAGACGGGUGUUAUACUAGCCUCUACACUGGAGCAGUCGCACCAAAACAGACCCCAUUCAUGCAAAAUUUUGAUGAGAGCAUCGAAACGUAUCUUCAGUUCAAAAUGAGCGAUAAAAUAUCAUAUAUGGUAAUUCCAACUUGUUCAAACUUGGAUGUUAUCAAAAAAAUAAACAUUGAUUUUAAAUUUAGGACAGAUGCUAUAUUGCCCUGCGUGAAACACGUGUGUUUGUAUUUAGGAAGUAGCUUCAAUACUUUUUGAUAUACUAAUUUUUGUAAGUGUAACAUAGCAACCGGAGACUUCCGUAUAGGAAGUGCUACUCACCUGUGUGAGUUCAUGCGCCUGUAUGAACCGAAUUAUGUCAUGCAAGAAUGCCAUCAAAUUGAUGAUCACAUAGUGAUUCUACAGAAGUCGUGAAAAACCACCUACUCACUUUAAGUGCUCUCUGUACGAUUACGUUCUGCACAGUGUACUUUAAUGACAGUAUAAUCGGUUUUGUUAUUUUGCAUGCGCAACAUUAUAAAAUUAUAAAAUUAGAAAUCAAAAUACAGUUGAAACUCAC